GCGGCACGGAAUUCGCUCUGCGUUUUGGAAAAUUAGUCUUCUGCGAUUCUACUUUCUCGCAGCAAGGGGGUGCGUGCGUCCCGAAAAAGAAGCGGAGAACAAAGUGUAUAUCGAGUCGUCGUCGAUUGCAUGGUCAAGCCAGAGAGAGAGAGAGCGUGCCCUCUGCUAUUUUCGUGUAGUCAAUAUGCAUACAAUUAAGGCGUGAACCUGCUGCUCGAGUUCUCAGCGCGCAAAGUUCCGUGUGCUGACCCUCGCUGCACACUCGCCCUUAGUCGCUGCCGUUGACCGGAGACCAAAACACAAAAAUGCAGAGAGUUUUCUCCAAAUGCCACACAGAUCGAGUGUGGCUGCGUGAGUUUCUCGCCGAGUUCAUCGGAACAUUCAUCCUUGUUUUCAUCGGAAACAAUUCUGUAGCACAGGCAGUUUUGAGCAACCAAAGCCAUGGCCAGUUCAUCACCAUUAACUUCGGGUAUGGUUUUGCGGUGAUGAUGGCCGUGCUUGUGGCCGGAGGUGCCUCAGGAGGCCACCUCAACCCCGCAGUCACCCUCUCGUUAGCUCUCGUCGGAAAGUUUCCCUUUGCCAAAAUCAUACACUAUAUGCUGGCGCAGUACUUAGGCGCUUUUCUCGCCGCCGCCUGCACAUACGUGGUUUAUAUUGACGCUUUGUUCAACUUCGAUGGCGGCAUACGGCAAAUAAUUGGUCCGCAAGGCACUGCUGGAAUCUUUGCGACCUACCCUCAGGAAUUUGUUUCACUUGAAGUUGGAUUUGCAGACCAGGUGAUUGGAACCGCAAUUCUGCUUAUGGUAGUUUGUGGAAUAACAGACCCAAAAAACUGUGGCGUCUCUCGUGGCCUAAUACCGUUGUUUGUCGGAUUGACUGUGGUGACGAUUGGAAUGUCCAUGGGCUUUAACUGCGGAUAUGCGCUCAACCCUGCCAGAGAUUUGUCGCCGAGGUUCUUCACAGCUAUUUCCGGAUGGACAUUUGACGUAUUUUACAUUGAGCAGUGGUGUUGGGUACCAAUUCUUGGGCCCCAUUUGGGAGGACUUCUGGGCGCCCUCAUUUACACGCUAUUUAUUGAGGCACACUGGCCUGACGAUGGACUUCCUGAAGUAAUAGAAGAUGGUAAAAAAUCUUAUCUCUAAAUCAGUUAUUAUGUGUUGUGCUUGCAUUUAUUUUUCAAGUGCGACGAAAAAAUAAUCUAAAAGCACGACAAUAAUUAUUAUUCAGGCCAGAUCUCAUCAGUUUUUUGCGUUGUGUUCUUUUCCAGACACCAAGGAAUAGGAAGCGCAUGUAUAAAUUCGAGUCUAAAAAGUCAACACCACUCAACACUACAAUCUAGGACUUCAGCAUGUCCAUUAUGCAAAAGCAAAAUUUUCUUAAAACUGUUUAAGAUCACCAUGCGUUUUGUUUUAAAAUUUUGAUAUUUUACGUACAAAUAAUAAAUUAUUUACUUCUUCAUA